AUGCCCGUCAAUGUGGUUUGGACCAAUCUUGAAUCUCAUUCCUGCACCACUUAUGCAACAAGGGAAUACCUAGCGGAACUCAAUGUCUCCCCUUGGAACUAUCAGUGGAUGAAAAUCUGUAUGAGUACUCCAGUGGUUAUCCAUGGCCGGUCUCGCUUGCCUUCCAGAUGCGAAGAUCGCUCAGGCACGGUAGUUGGGCAUUUUGCCGUCAAAAAUGACGAACCAGACUGUGUCACAUACUGGAGUGGGUAUAGGGAUUGGGGAUGUACUGCUAAAGGCUCGAAGCAGAGACACAUUGAGCAACAUCUCAUGAACGUACCGGCCAACGCAGACUAUAAGGAAUUCUGUGCGACAACGCCUGCUCGCUUCUUAGACCGUCAAUUCUCUGGUGCAGACUCGUGCUCGAAUAGCAUCUGGGGCGUCUAUGGGCAGUGGUUCAUCAAUGACCCUAGUUGUUGA